AUGAGUGAUUUACCAUUACUUGGCGGCUCAUCGCGUCAACAUUCGCAUUCAUUUAUUCAAAGUUUCUCCCAUGCCACCAAAUUAACUUUGAAGUCAUCACCUGUCAAUUAUCUACUUAUAUUUGUUCCAUUAGGUCUUAUUGCUGGUGCUUUGGAAUGGGGAGCCAAUGCUAGAUUUUGGCUCAAUUUCCUUGCCAUUAUUCCCUUGGCUUCCAUUUUGGCCUUUGCUACAGAAGAAAUUAGUGAAUAUGUUGGACAGACGGUUGGAGGAUUAUUGAAUGCCACAUUUGGUAAUGCUGUUGAAUUAAUUGUUUCAAUCAUUGCAUUGAAGGAAAAUCAAGUUCGAAUUGUUCAAGCAUCAAUGUUGGGUUCGAUAUUAAGUAAUCUAUUAUUGGUGCUUGGUUGUUGUUUUGUUGCUGGUGGUAUUACUCGUGUUCAACAAACUUUUAAUCAAACGGUUGCUCAAACAAUGUCGAGUUUGAUGGCUUUGGCCACUGCUUCAUUGUUGAUUCCUGCUGCGUUCCAUGCUUCGUUGCCAACACCAAAGGGUGACAAGGGUCAAUUCCCAGAACCAGGUACUUCAGAUGAUUUGAUUCUUAGUUUUUCCCGUGGUGUAUCAAUUAUCUUGUUGGUUAUUUAUUUGUUUUACUUAUUAUUUUCAUUAAAGACUCAUAAAUCGUUGUUUGAAGCAACUGAGGAUUUAGUUGAUGAACAUACAAACAAUAACACUUCGUCAGAUGAUAUAAUUACCGGUAAGUCAGAAGAUGAUCAUUUGCUGGUAUUAGGAGGGUUAACUGUUUUGUUACUUACUACAUUGUUAGUUUCAGUUUCAGCUGACUAUUUAGUUGGCUCGAUUGAUGAAAUAGUUGAAAAAUCAGGUCUUUCCAAAACAUUUAUUGGUUUAAUUGUUAUUCCUAUCGUUGGUAAUGCUGCCGAACAUGUAACCGCUAUAAUUGUUGCCAUGAAAGACAAAAUGGAUCUUGCAAUUGGAGUUGCUGUGGGUUCUUCUUUACAAAUUGCCAUUUUUGUUACUCCAUUUAUGGUUUUAGUUGGUUGGAUUAUCGAUAUUCCAAUGUCAUUAUAUUUCUCCACUUUUGAAACAGCCAUUUUGUUUGUUAGUGUUUUCAUUACAAAUUUGGUGAUUUUGGAUGGGGAGAGUAAUUGGUUAGAAGGUGCGAUGUUGUUGUCAACCUAUUUGAUUAUAGCAUUGGCAUUCUUCUAUUACCCAGAUUCCGCUGGAUUGUAA